GUGCUCUCCGCCGCCGCUGCUGCCGCCGCUGAAGCGGAGACCGGAGCCGCGAGCGCCACCAGGGCAGCAGCCGCCGCAGCCGCCGCCGCUGGGCUGAGGAGCCGGAGACGCAGGCGGACGAGGUGGCGGCGGCGGCGGAGCGGGAGCGGGGACCGGGCGCAGGCAGAGCGCGACGGCGCGGGUGUAUUCGAGAGAACCGGUCUUCAAACAUCUUUCCUGUAUUGACGCUGAGCUGUCAGGGGACUAAGGCUUAUGAGGAGGUAUUGUCACACAAAACAGUGCCUCGUAAAGACCACAAGAAAGAGGGGAAAGGAUCGGAAAAAGAAGCUAAAAUACUAUAGAAAACCAUGAGAUCUAUUCGAUCUUUUGCCAAUGAUGAUCGCCAUGUUAUGGUGAAACAUUCAACAAUCUAUCCAUCUCCAGAGGAACUUGAAGCUGUUCAGAAUAUGGUGUCCACUGUUGAAUGCGCUCUUAAACAUGUCUCAGAUUGGUUGGAUGAAACAAAUAAAGGCACAAAAACAGAGGGUGAGACAGAAGGAAAGAAAGAUGAGGCUGGAGAAACUUAUUCCAAGGAUCAAGGUGGUCGGACAUUGUGUGGUGUAAUGAGGAUUGGCCUGGUUGCAAAAGGCUUGCUGAUUAAAGAUGAUAUGGACUUGGAGCUGGUUUUAAUGUGCAAAGACAAACCCACAGAAACCUUAUUAAAUACAGUCAAAGAUAACCUUCCUAUUCAGAUUCAGAAACUCACAGAAGAGAAAUAUCAAGUGGAACAGUGUGUAAAUGAGGCAUCUAUUAUAAUUCGGAAUACAAAAGAGCCCACGCUAACUUUGAAGGUGAUACUUACUUCCCCUCUAAUUAGAGACGAAUUGGAGAAGAAGGAUGGAGAAAAUGUUUCGAUGAAAGAUCCUCCGGACUUAUUGGACAGGCAGAAAUGCCUAAAUGCCUUGGCGUCUCUUCGACAUGCCAAAUGGUUUCAGGCAAGGGCAAAUGGAUUAAAAUCAUGUGUAAUUGUCCUCCGAAUUCUGCGUGAUUUGUGCAACAGAGUCCCCACAUGGGCACCAUUAAAAGGAUGGCCUCUAGAACUUAUAUGUGAAAAGUCUAUAGGUACUUGUAAUAGACCUUUGGGCGCUGGGGAGGCCUUGAGAAGAGUAAUGGAGUGUUUGGCAUCUGGAAUACUACUUCCUGGGGGUCCUGGUCUUCAUGAUCCUUGUGAGCGAGACCCAACAGAUGCUCUGAGCUAUAUGACCAUCCAGCAAAAAGAAGAUAUUACCCACAGUGCACAGCAUGCACUCAGACUGUCAGCUUUUGGCCAGAUUUAUAAAGUGCUGGAGAUGGACCCCCUUCCAUCUAGUAAGCCUUUUCAGAAGUAUUCCUGGUCAGUUUCUGAUAAAGAAGGUGCUGGGUCUUCAGCUCUAAAGAGGCCAUUUGAAGAUGGAUUAGGGGAUGAUAAAGAUCCCAAUAAGAAGAUGAAACGAAACUUAAGGAAAAUUUUGGAUAGUAAAGCAAUAGACCUUAUGAAUGCACUCAUGAGGCUAAAUCAGAUCAGGCCUGGGCUUCAAUAUAAGCUCUUAUCUCAGUCUGGCCCUGUCCAUGCCCCGGUCUUCACAAUGUCUGUAGAUGUGGAUGGCACAACAUACGAAGCCUCAGGACCAUCCAAGAAAACAGCAAAACUUCAUGUAGCAGUGAAGGUAUUGCAAGCAAUGGGAUAUCCAACAGGGUUUGAUGCAGAUAUUGAAUGUAUGAGUUCCGAUGAGAAAUCAGAUAAUGAAAGCAAAAAUGAAACAGUGUCUUCAAACUCAAGCAAUAAUACUGGAAAUUCUACAACUGAAACCUCCAGUACCUUAGAGGUAAGAACUCAGGGCCCUAUCCUCACAGCAAGUGGCAAAAAUCCUGUAAUGGAGCUCAAUGAAAAAAGAAGAGGUCUCAAGUAUGAACUCAUCUCGGAGACUGGGGGAAGCCAUGACAAGCGUUUUGUAAUGGAGGUAGAAGUAGAUGGACAGAAAUUCAGAGGCGCAGGUCCAAAUAAGAAAGUGGCAAAGGCAAGUGCAGCUUUAGCUGCCCUGGAGAAGCUGUUUUCUGGACCCAAUGCAGCAAAUAAUAAGAAAAAGAAGAUUAUCCCUCAGGCGAAGGGUGUUGUGAAUACAGCUGUGUCUGCAGCAGUCCAGGCUGUUCGGGGCAGAGGAAGAGGAACUCUAACAAGGGGAGCUUUUGUUGGGGCGACAGCUGCUCCUGGCUACAUAGCUCCAGGGUAUGGAACACCGUAUGGUUACAGCACAGCUGCCCCGGCCUAUGGUUAAUACUUUUAAGCAGUUUUCAGCACGUUUAUCUCACUUUAUUCUCGUUCUCCUCGGACCUUCGUAGCCAUAUCACUUGUAUAAAAUAGGCUGAGAUAUAGUGACUGUAAGCUGUGAUCUCAGUAUACAAAGGUAAGCUCUUUUAUUUUCUGAUUAAAGAGAAAAAUAAUUAAUACAACAUGCAUAUAUGACAAUCAUAUAUGAUGUAUUUGAUCUUUUAGGUCUUAUGUCAUCACAUUACCUUUAAAAAUUUUAUGGUCUAAAUGUAAAAUAGUUAUUUUUCAACACUUGUUUUAAUACCCUUGUAACUGCUUUUUAUUCAAGAGAGACAUUUUACUUUUGCUGAGUUACAUGUGUAACGUGUGUAGAAUAUGUGCAGAAACUUAGAAUAUAAAAUGUAUGUAAAUUACACACACGUACCUGUUUAAAUAUAAGAAUUCACUGGUAGGAACAGUUCACCUAAGAAGAUUUUAACGACAGGGCACUGUUUUGGCCAAAGUGGUGGAAUUUCAUAAGCAGCAAGAUUGGUAACAGUGCUGGUAGGAUCCAUAUAUGUCGCUGUUAUACAAGCUGAGGAUCAAAGUGCCAAUUUCUCAUUCUCAGAGAAAUAAAAAUCCUUGAUCUGUGUUGUAUUGCCCCAAUACAACAACAGCAAGAAGCCAUAAAAAAAAAAAGCAAUAGAAAAUGAAAAAAAAAAACCAAAAUAUUAAGGUAACUAUGGAAAAAUAUGUAAUGAACUGAGUUAAGCUAAUUAUUUGCAGAACCAACUUUAGCAAGACUCAGAAUGGUGAAUACCAAGUCUGCAGAGACCAAAUAGACUUAAGGCAAUUUAUCUGUCUUUUCUAGGUUAGGUAGCUUGACUAUUUAUUUCCCACCUUAUUCAACCAUCAUGGAGUUUGUUUAAAAGAUUUGAGAGAGUUAGGCCAAAUAUUUUAAUAAGGAUUUGCUUCAUUUAGUAUGUCCCAUAAAUGCAUUUCAUUAUGUACUAGAUGUUUUGUGCUAAGGCUGUAUUUGAUAUAUAGAUAUUAAAAUGAAUUUCAUGUUUUAUAUUUGUUUCUAAGUAGCAGUUUCUUUUGAUGACUAACUUAAAGGUUGCUGGAACAACUUUUUUUCCAUACAGAAUCUGUAUGUACAUUAAUGUGGCUUUGGUGUCCAUAAAAAGGUUGUGCGAGGUAUAGCUGACUAGUACCAACUGCAUGCCAGUCCUGCUUGAACAGCCCAGUACUUGUCAUGUGUUAGGUUCUUUUCUGGGUACCAGUGAACAGAGGCUCCAACCAGUGGAAACAUUUUAAGUGUGAGAGUCUCCUUGUUGGGGAAUUGGGCCUAUUAUAAAUAGGACCCAUUAAUACACUAUUUUGGGAGACACAUAGUGUUAGCUGUGGCAAAAAGCAUAUUAGCUUAGUUAAUAGUUUAAUUAUAAAUGAUUGAAUGAUGUGUAGGGUCUUUGACAUCACUGAAAUAGGCAUCACUUGGAAAUUUACCCAUUUAAAAUAUUUUUCUGGCAGUUUUGAGAGCCUGAAACCUACUCAGGUUUAUAUUCAUGGACCUCUUUCCAAGUAAGUGAACUGAGUGAAGUGAAUAACACAUACAUUAGUCCUUUUUAUGUAGUUUUUAUGGUACAGCAAAGAACAAAGUGGUUAAUUUAAAACACUGACCACAUUUUUGUGAUGAAAAAUGAAGGGAGUUUUACUCUUUUAAUCAAUCCAGUUUCCCUAUUUCUUAGAUUUUAAGAAUAAUGUCAGUGGAGGAAAACCUUCAAUAGUGAGUUAAGGAAAAGAACUGAGGAGAUUUCCCCCUCCCAUACAAGUAAUUAUGUUUCUAGUAACCCGGAGCCCUAAAAACCAGGAAUACUAAGAGCAGUUAAAGCUGAAAACUGCCUGCUCUGUGAAUGGUCUUCCCAUAAUUCCCAUUCAUCUUAUGCCAGUGCCUCCUGAGAGGGAUUGGGGGGUAUCUCUGAAAUUAUCCAGAAUAAGAAAGGUUCCAUGAUAUUCAGACUCAUACUGUCUAACACUGUGAUGCCAUGCCAUGCAGUGGCCAUAGAUUUCUCAGUGUUGCUAGGAGGCCUGGGAAGGAGAUAGGUGGUAAAUGAAUAACAGCAGAGCCAAGAAAACUACUGCUGAGGUGAGUUUCAAUAUUGACGUUUCUCUCUAGCACUUAUUUACAGAGCAGAGCUAAUACUUCUUAUAUAAGAACAAAUCCUUUCCUAAUAUUUCCAGAAAUACUGUUUUAAGUCAAGAAUUCAAGUUCUGUUAGUUGUGAGAAUAGAUAUCCUUUCCUGCAUUAUCAUUUGAGGUAGGAGCUAACAGCUUCUAUUGAUGCUUGAAGCAGUGAUCUUUGGAGUUUUUAAAAAUAGUACCAUAAUGCAAAUUAGGUUAUGUAAGCUUUACAGCACAGCUAGAAAUAGGGAAUAGAAACCACAUGGGAAUCUAGGCCAGAGUAUUUCUCUCCCUCCAGCACAUUCCUGUGGGGCUCAGGGAAUUAGAUGAGUUAAUAUACAAAAAGUACUUUGAACAAUACCAGGUGCCUAGUUAGUACUCAGUAAAUGUUGGCUGUUCUUACCGUGACUGGCCGAAGUGAAAGGAGGACUAUGAAGGAGGGCACAGCUGGGCUAACAGUUGGUUGGGAAGCAGGUGCAUGGCAUACUUAGGGUGGAGCUAUGUUGGUUCCUUAGUGCUGACAGGUUCAGCUGCUCCCAGUCUUGGGGAGAGGACUCCUAGCAUCUGGGGGUUGGACAAGAAACGCAAACCAAAGACCUGGUGAGAGCUGGUGUGGUGAGUUUGCUGCAAAUCCAAGCUGAAAUUGCUCACGUGUCUGCUGCAGUAGUUAGGCCACCAGCCAAUCUGCUGCCAAGGUUUGUAAAUACUUGGUUUGGAAUUUAAGGGUGCUUAAACUUCACAAGGGCUGAGCUUAGAUUAUCUACCUGCUGAUUCCAGGUCUUCUGCCAGUGCAUUAAUAAUAACAGUUUUUUUAAAUUGUAUCUGCCCCGGGAAUCUAACUUUCAGGGCUCACCAGUGUUUGGUAGGUAGAAAGCAAAUUACUGUAAGCCACAGAAAGGAAAGGAGGAGACUGGGUGGCGUACUUACAUGGCUGUCUGCUAAGAUGCUUCUCUGAAUAGCAUUCCUAUAGCUCACCUCACAGAGUUUGCUUCGACACCCUGAGGGGAAAAAUCUGCACUCAUCACAUGAAGGCUCCCUUCUGUUAAUAUGUUAGAAAACAUAUCCAUCCGUCUCUGUCCGUCUAUCCAUGUAUCUGUCCAUCAAGACACAGUUGGGAAGUUGAUUUUCGACAGAAGAAAAAUGAGUAGAUGGUGAAAUUGACACUGUUGGAUUAAAUAAAGAGUAUACAUUUUACUGUCCAUUCUGGGCUCAAAGGUAUCUACAAAGACUUCAGGAGCCUCUGAAGAAAGGUGGGCACAUGUAUCCCCGGCUGUUGGUAAGAGGUGAGCUAAGUGGGAAACACAGAUUGAGCUCUGAAGUACUCUGUUUGUAAAAACUGUGUGUGGACAAGGACUGAACAUUACCUUUAAGGAGGUAAAUAAGAUAGAUUUGCAUCUAGAUUUGUAGCCAAGAAGUGUUUAUUAAAUCUAAGAGAUAUUUGUAUAACUUAAUGUGAUGGCAGAAAUCACCUGAUUCUGAACAGCUGAGCCUGUUUGGUGGCAUCUUUGCCUCAUUCAGCCAACAUUGAGGGGGAGGACCUCUUCUUUUUCUUUUUGCCUUGACCAGUUGGUUGUUAACAUCCUCAUUACUUGCUCCUUCUAAUGUGGGUCUUGGUCUCCCUUGGCAGGACUUUGCCAUUUUUGCAAAUGAACUGUGCUGCCCCUGCUGGUGGGUAGGGUGCAGAUUGCCACCAUCUGCCUAGACAGCUUCAGGAAAUCUGAUUAGCGUACCCUGGCUGGGGAUACGUGGUCCAGAGUUAUCUUUUUCUACUGCUGUUCGGCCAGCAGGAGGGGAUGGGAUUAGCUUGGCUGCUAUUAGGACGUUGUCUUAGCAGGUCCAAGAAGCUCAGUCUCUGUCUGCUUUGUUUGAGGUUCUCUUACCUUGAUCCCUUUGGACAGUUUGGACAAAUGGUCUCUGCAUUUAAGUGUCAGUCAGCUAAAUGCCUGAAAUAAUGAAGUUAUCAGUAGCCUUCAGUUUAGGUCAUUUUGGACUGUGGGCAGCAAUAGAUUAAAGAGCAAGAAUAGGAGAGAGGAAGGAAGAGAAAUGCCAAUGUUGGUAUCUCACCUGUGCCAGGCAGUUGGACAGUCCUCUUAAUUUUCCAAACCACCUUCUUGGAUGUGGUAUUAUCCCCAUUUUACAAAAAAAAAACAAAAAACACCAAAAAACAAAACUGAUGCUCAACGUGAAGUGCUAGAGCCAGGAAUGAAACCCGUGUCUUUCCAAUGCCAAAGCCUCUUAUUACUCCACCAUGCUAUAGAUUAAAAAGGCUGGGGGUGAAAGGGACAGACUGUGCUGGAAUCUAGACCCUCUGAUUUGAGAUUGUUCCAGACCAGGUAUCCUGGCCUAAAACAGGGAUAUGUUCUUUAAUUGUGAAGAAUUGUCUGACAAACUGGAAAGACAGACUGAAAGACUGCAGAGUAGUUGUAUAAACAGAGGAACCUUUUUUAUUUAAAGCUCAUUUUUCUGUUUGACUAUCAAUGAGAAACUGAGGUGCAUGUUUUCAUUGAGUUCAUGUUUUUUUUUCUGGGUGCAUGCUUUCUGCCUGGUCUGAGAUAGGUGAUGGGGAUGUCUUAAAAAAUUUAAGCCAGACUCUGAAGGCAGGCCGGUGAGGCUUUGGCUCAUUUGGUACAAGGAAUAGAGGCAUGAAUGGGCAGCAGCCCAGGUGUGGGUGUAAGUGCAGGGAGGUGUCCCUGGGCAAAUACUUGGCAGAGAUGGGCAAAUGGCAGAUUGUAGAGGCCAGUUCUCAUUGCCAGGAGUUUGCCAUCUUCCCUCUAAGUAUGGCCCAUGCAUGUUGAGGCCUGGUUAGAUGGCUUUGGGGUCUCUAAAUUGUGGCAUGCAAGUCACUCUGCUGAUAAAUGUGUUUGAUUCUCCUACUGUUGCAGACCACUUCCCAGCUCCUUUGCUGAUUAAUGCCAGCUGGGUCUCUGCUUAGGGGUCAGUAUGUGUGGGGAUGGAUACAGAAUUCUUUUAAGGAAAAGAUAUUCAUCACUCACCCAAAUCAUCACCUUCCUUGGCAGUUGGCAUUUUUUUCUGAGCACCCUGCCAUAAUUCUGAAGGGGAGCAGGAAGAAGAAACCUUCUUUGAAACUCAGGUUGUCAAGUUCUACAGCACUGAUAUGUGUGAGGAAGAAUGAGUGCCCAGCAUUUGUGGAACAUAACAUUCUGCAAAGCCUUUCCCAUUCAUUAUUUCAUUUCCUGCUCUACUGGUAGAACCUUGGAGGCAUAGCAGUAAAUGGAUGAUCGUUCCCACUCUGCAGACAGGGAAAUUGAAGCCCAGAGAUCUCUCCAAACCACCCUGCUUGUUUGUGGCAAAACGCUGUAGCUCCUAACCACAUAGAAGAAAUAACAUUUCUUAUACUGUUUUUACAGUUAACAGAAGCCCUUUCUUAGAGAUCAGUUUUGAACUCCACCAAAACUGUGGGAUCUACAAAUUCUUUCCUUGUACAGAUGAGGAAAUGGAGGCUUAAAGUGACUUGCCACAAAUUAGAUAGCUGUUAAAUGGCAGAGCCCACAUGUUCUGACAGCACUGUGCUAAUACUUGUGGUUUGUAUUACUAGUCUAGACUGAUGUAUAUCUUGUUUUCCAAGACCAUUUGGCAACAGUGUAAUCUCUCUAUGAUGCAUUCUACUCACCUUUCUUCUAAACUUCUGGACUAAAUCCUACAUGGCUUGAAACAAAACAAGCAAAAACUAACCCACCUCUCCCUGACCCUUUCCUGGUCUCCCCGAAAUCCAGACUUUCCAGGCUCAUUCUUUCUCUGGUUCCUUUGGAAGAACUGUUAGUUUGUUCCUGGGCAAGGUGACCAACUAAUCACCCCUGGGUUGGGCAGCCUGCUUUUUGUGAGCUGCAUAACUGGGUCUAUUUCCACAGACCACCUUUUUGUAUUAUAACUGAACUCUAUAGUAAAGCGCAAAUUCAGUAAUUGCCAUUUGGAGAGCUACUCGGGUUGGAAGGAGGGGAGGGCAUGGGUGGCUGGAAAUGUGCUUUUUAUGUUCAGCCUCAUCCAUAUGUUAGUUGUUGGCUGUCAUCCAUUCCUGGCUAGACCUUCAACAUGUGCUCUAUCCAAAGGGGUCACCAUCACAAUAACACACUUUCCAGAGCUUUAAGUGGCAGAACCUCCUUUCUGAUGCUGGGAUUUUCUUGAAUCCUUCCCUUAUAUAGACAGUCUCAGAAGUUGGUCAGCUUUCUAAAAUCUUUCAUGCUCUUGGAGGCUGUAGUAUAUGAUAGGCAUCACCUGGGAGGUAAAAAAAAAAAAAAAAAAAAACUU